AUGUCAGCGCGUGGCGGCAGGAUCGUUAUGGCAGCUUUGGAGGCUAUUGUGUGCGGAAAAUAUGUGGAAACGGACGAGUUUUUGGAGGCACUUCGUCAGGCGGGUGCUCUGUGGGAACAUCGACGUUUGAUGGAGGAGGUUUCCGGUGAUACUAUAAUAAUAGGACCUUGUCGAGGCCAUGCUUCGGAUCUGGCUCAGUACCUUCGCAUGCAUGUCCUCGGGGAAGCUGUCAAACGCCAGCUGAACGUUGUUUUCCUCGGGAACUAUGUAGACGGUGGAAACCAGUCUGUAGAAAUGCUGUAUAUAAUAGCGCUUAUGAUGCAGCACUUGCCUGCUGUUGUGCCACUGAUUGGCCAGCAUGAGAUGUUUUACCCGUUUCCUCCGUGUGGAUUCGGAUCAUUGAGGGGUGCACUUCGCCUACGGUCCGUUAAAUUACGGGUUCCCUUGGAUAUACUUGAGCGGGCUGUGAAGGAUUUUUUUGACAAGCUCCCCGUAGUGUGUGUUGUGAACAAACGCUUCUUCUGCACAUCAGGUGGGCUCGCGUCCGAGUACCGCCAUCUUGACGAUAUCGCACAAGAGCGCUCGCAAAUGCGGCUCAGCGAGUUUGUUCAGAAUCGGCCGAUGGAUGAGGACGAAGACAAGUUGGCCCUUGGAUGUGCCUUUGUGGGGACGCAAACUGAGACAGGCAAUUGCUUUAGGUACACCUACAACGCGGUUUGUAAUUUCUUGUCUCACAACAACAUGUACACACAUAUCGGGGGUCUUGAGUAUCACAUGUAUCGUCCUGAGUUUGAGAGCUUCACGCGCCCAAAUCAUUAUCGUGAGUCUGCAUAUUUUCCAGGAUGGGUGCUAGGGCGGAUCCACCAUGAGCUUCACGUCCCAGCAUUUAUCUUGCUGUUUUCUGCACCGCAUUUUUGUGGCUUAAAUCAAAACUAUGGAUGUGCCUUAGCAGUUGUAGAAGAUACCUUGGAGCUGCGACAGAUUGGACCCUGCGCAGAGCGGCCACUCAUCAUGCCUGGUGAGGAAAACCAUGCCUUCAGCUGGUCACAGGUGGUCCUUGAGAAGUCGUUGGGAUCAAUUCUACAUGAAAUAUUGUUUGGUGAUAUCCACAUGUCACUGAAGGAGGUUGACACUGACGACCCAGAGUUUGCCCAAGAAGUGCGGAAUGCGAAAUCAAGGUACCGAAGGAUGUGUCAGCUACUGAAGAGUCAUUCAUUGCCGGUACCACAUUAG